AUGGCCGACGAGGGCCAAGAUCACAUGGUCGACGCUCAGGCCCUGUUUGCCGCGCGGACGACAGCAAAGCGCAAACACACCAACGCCGUAAAGCGAGCCCGAACUUUAAUAGGCAACGCCGCGUCUCGCGCCGACCUCGACGACUUUAUGCCAACGCUAACUGAUGCCUUCAACGAGCUCGUCGAUAUACACGAGCGUUUCGUGGCUGCUGCUAACCUUGACACUGAAGAACUGGAGGCCGCCCAAGCGUACUUGCAAAGGAUCCAGCAGCUGCAUAACACUUGCGUCGAAGCACUCAAUCGCGUCCGUCAAGUGAGGGUUGGUCGUCAGGGAUGGAAUGUAUCCAACAGCGGCCAUGAACCUAAUCGUUCUAAUCCACGCGCCGACCAAACGGAAUCGCUCAGCAAUACCAUUCAGUCUUACGAUUCCUCAGGUGCUAUUCAACAGCCUGAACCGCAAGAUACCCCCAGCCAUCUAAACGUACCUGAUGAGAAAUUUGACGCUACUGCUCAAUUAACGGCAGCGAAAAAACGAAAGCUCGAUCUCGAGUUCUUGUUGGUCCAGAAAAAAGUUCAGCAAGAACGAGAAGUCAAAGAUUUGGCGACAAAAAACGAACGAGAACAAGAGGAUCUUAUGAUGCGAAUCCGUCGCGAAUCGCAACUUCUUGCGGGCCUCGGAGCUGUAGCGUUCGAAGAUUACCACUUAACUUCGUCUCCAUUGCAAACUUAUCAGAACAAUCUGCCUAAGGCAUUCGUGCCAACAAACCCUAACAUCAGCGAUAUGAGUCAUCAAGUUCCUGUUACGCCGCGUCAUCAUUCAUCCUAUCGCGAACCAAGGCUAGUAGUAGCUAAGUUUGACGGCGAUCCCCGUAGAUGGCCGAAAUAUGCGGCUGGUAUUAAAGCCACUCUAGCCGACACAGACUUCGCGGAGUCAGUGAAACUGCUUUCGCUCCAAGAAACUUUGCUAGAGAGUAUCCAACGAAGAAUGGCACAUAUCUUCACUGGCGGCUAUUCGUUCGAAUCAGCGUGGGCUCAGCUCCAAAGCAAAUACGGCGACCCAGCCUUCAUUAUUCAAGCGCAUAAUCAGUACCUCCUACAGCUUCUACCUUUCAAGAACGGUGACUUUGAUUCCCUUUUUCACAUGGCAACUGCCGUGCAUGACGCCGUUUCGAGCGUAGGCCCUGAACACAUCGAUUUGUUCACUUACUUCACGGUAGUUGGCUCCCUCCACGUCAAGCUACCGAUUAAUCUUCAUACUGAUUGGGGCAAGUAUGCCUACGAAUUGAGACGAGUUCCAUCACUAAAGGACUUUGACAGCUGGAUCGACGCAAUUGUUGGUGCGGAAGAGCUUCGUGGUGCCAAACUAUCUUCGACGGGUAAUGCGAACGCAGCAAAACCACCCGCUCCCGGUUCGACAAAUAGAAACAACAGCAAUCAAAAUCAAUCGGGCAGCAGCAACUAUAACAACCGCAACCCAACUAUCCUUGCGCAAUCGUUAUAG